UUCUUUUUUUUUUUUUCAUUUCUUCAUUUUGGUUGUUGCUGCGUUUUUUUUUCUUCUUUUUUGGGUUUUAUUGGUUGUUUUCUCACUCUCACCGGUUUAUCUCCACUGGGUAUCGUCUCUUCUCUAAGCUUAUAUCCUCUUCCCAGUGGGAUUCUUGGAUUUGAGCUGCUACUCUGUCGCUGGUUUAGUUCUUGCGUAUCUUUUUGCGCUGCAACAGCUGGGGAUCCCAAAACCGAUUAAUUAUCAUCUGCACAAGUACGGCUCUGCUAAGGAUUUCUUGCCCUGAUUCAAUCAAAAUGCAGGCCCUUCUCUUGGAUUAUUGAGUCUUUUUUUCUUUGUUAUGGAAGACAUUGCCCCUUCAUUUCCCGAUCUUGCCACAGUGAUCAUGAUUUAUCUCAAGAUUCUUGGGUUUCUUGGGCGAUUCAGCCAGUCGUUGUGAAUCAUUGCGGCUUAUGGUCUAGUUGUGCACGGUUUCAAGAACCUUUCCUAAGUAAAAAUCUUCGCCAUUGGUGGUGUCUUGGAGCUUCGGCGGAGAUUCUUGGUGGGUUUUCAACUGGAAAUCUCAUCUGGGUUCAGGAAAUUCCAAAAGAGAACCCAAAAGAAAUUAAAGGAUUGCAACGGUUGGAACCUUCAAAGCUGCUUUUAUACUCUUUCCUCGGCGAAUCUAUUUUCUUUAUACAGUACCCGUUGUUUUCAUUUAAUAGAGAAAGAGAAACAGACGUGUCACCCACAAACUAUGGAUUGGCAGUCUGAGACCAAGUGUUUUUGAAGCUUCUUUGGGAGAAUUUACUGCAUUAUCUAUCUGAAUUUCCGUUUUUAUUUACUUGGAUCUGAAGUGCUAUUAAAUAGAAGAUUUCUGGUUUUGACUUCCUGGGUGUUUUACUGUGGGGUUUCAUAAGGUUAAUCUGGUGGCAUUGUGCUGAAUCGUUUUCAAAGCAUCCAUGGGGCUUCUUCGAAGUCUCGUGAUGAUGCUUCUUCUCAUAUGGUUCCUCUGGUUGCCGGGUCAUAGGGCUCAACUGCCUAAUUCUGAGCAUGAACUCGAUGCUCUCCUCCAAAACUACGCUUACAAGGCAUUGGUUCGUCCCAAGACAGGCUUGCCUUAUGAUGGGGAUGUUCCCCCCGAUUUGAUUGGGAUUAAGGUUGCAGCAUUGAGGCUUAGGAGUGGGAGCUUAAGGAGGAAAGGUGUUCCCAUGUACAAAGAAUUUGAGAUCCCCGUCGGAGUUAUUGAGCGGCCGUAUGUGGAGAGGCUUGUUUUGGUGUACCAGAAUUUGGGAAAUUGGUCCGAGAGGUAUUAUUCACUGGCUGGUUACACUCACCUUGCUCCAGUUCUGGGUCUUCUUGCUUAUAAUGCCUCAAACUUAUCUGCUACGAAUUUACCAGUAUUGGACAUCAGGGCAUCUGGCGAUCCCUUAACCAUCAAAUUCUCAGAUGUGAAAUCAGUUCCAGAUGGGUUUGUUGCCAUGUGUGUGUGGUUUGAUUUACAAGGUAACCCAAAUUUUAGCAAUGUGGCAUCUGGCAAUGAAUGUUCAACGAUUCAACAGGGGCAUUUUGCGAUAGUUGUCAAUUCUACUGCCUUUCCUCCACCAUCAAGGGAACAUGGAAAGAAGAAUAAGUCUAAAGUGUGGAUAAUUGUUGGUUCUGUGCUAGGUGGACUAUUGUUGUUGGUGCUUUUGUUAUUUCUAGUGUUGUGGGUGCAUAAAUUGAAGGAAAGGAAGAAAAUGCAACAGAUGGAGAGGGCUGCAGACGUGGGAGAAGCCCUGCAAAUGACAUCAGUUGGGGAAACAAAAGCACCUGCAGCAAUGGUGACUCGAACUCAACCGACCCUUGAGAAUGAAUAUGUGCCCUAAUUCCUGCAAUUUGUACAAGCUUCCUCUGCCUUUCCACAGCAAUUCUUAUUCAAGUUCAAUUCUUGUAUUCAGAAAUUCUUCUAAUUGCACCUAUUUUUGGUGGUGUCCUGCUCGUGCGCUGUUUGGUCUUUAGUAGGCUUUUGGUUGUAGUGUGGGUAAUAUAGGAUUUUUGUGUAAAUCUUUUAUCACUCACAGACCCCGUCCAUAGGUUUAUGAUUCAUUGUGGUGUGCAUUUAGCCAAAAGUGAUUCUAUAUGUGAUGAAUUUAGUUUUCGCAUUGACAAGGAAUAAAACUUUUUGUGGUGCAUUAACUCCUA